AUGGACGCCGAGGCGAAGCGACGGCGAGUGACGGCGGAGGCGUCGUUGGCGUCGCCGCCGACGGUGCGCGCGCCCGCGGGGGCGUUUGAAACGCCGGCGCGCGGGAAGACGGAUGGGGAGGCGCGGGACGGCGGCGCGAGCGGGGCGUCGACGGCGACGCCGCUGCCGACAAAGAGGAAAGCGCGCGCGGGCGAAACGGGGGAAGGGAUGGUUUUUGCGGCGAUGCCGACGUUCGCGCGGGCGCUGAGAGACGCGUCGAACGCGAAUGGGGCGGAUUGGGCGCGCGCGGAGGACGCGCGGGCGGCGACUCCGUGCCGCGGCGGGCGACCGUUGGCGUCGCCGCCGCCGAUGAAGGCGUCGACGUCGCCGCCGGCGCCGCCGCGAAAGCAGGCGCUAUCGUACGGGAUGUCGUACGGAUACACGCCUUCGCGAGGGGACACGCGAUACGAUGCGAGCGAGCGGGUCGAUUGCGAGGAGCCGGCGACGCCGGCGCUCGCGGGACCGUGCGCGAUGAUUCCGAGCGCGUUGGACGCCGCGCUUGGGUUGCCCAUGAUCGACGGCGCCGCGCUUCGCGCGUUAUUAGCGAAUCACGAGUCCGGUGGCGCCGGUGGGCCGGAAGUCGUCGCCAUCGAUUGUCGAUUUCCGUUCGAGUACGCGGGCGGCCGCGUGCGCUCGGCGUUGAAUCUGUAUUCGCCGACGGACGUGCAGAAAUUUCUCGCGUCUCGCGCGACGACGAGCGCAAACGUAGUGUACGUGUUUUACUGCGAGUUCAGUAGCGAACGCGCACCGCGCAUGUGGCGACACGUGCGGAACUUGGAUCGAAGAGAUCACAUGGCUACGUAUCCGGCGCUCUCGUUUCCGCACACGUACGUCUUGCAGGGCGGCUACAAGCACUUUUACGAAUCCUUUCCAGAGUGUUGCGAGGGCGGUUUCGUGAGCAUGUCGGACACGCGCUACACCGACGCGUGUCGCGAGUUCACGUCGCAAAGCCGAGAGGUCUGGUUCGUCGCGCAGCGCGCGAAAUCGAUGACGCACGCGCCGUCGCCGUCCGACGAAGCUUUGUUUCGAUCCGCCGAGCGAUUUCGAGGCGCCGUUCGCGGACGAGGCAUCGAUUUCACGGGCAUGGACGACGAUUGA